AUGGAGAAGGGGGUGUCAUUUGCCGAGACCAGCAGCAUAAAGCAAAGUGAGGGUGGUGGGAUUGAAGGAGGCCCCUCCCAUGGCAUCCCCCAACCACACGAAAAUGAGAAGGAUAAUGGAGAACAGCACAGUGGUCGUGAGGAAAUCCCCGAGCUGAAGAUGAGGGAGGGAAGAAGACGAAGGCGAAGAAGAUGGAUGGAGAGGAGGAGGGCCAAAUAUCUGAGGAAGUUUACUCUCCCUGAAAAUGCAAACCCAGAGGAUGUGAAGGCAGUUUACAAAGAUGGGGUGCCCACUGUCACUGUUGGGAAACGCAAAGUGCAAGAAGACCCCAAGCCCAAAACCGUAAACAUUCCCAUCUCUUAA